AUGGGCGGGCAGCAGGACAAAUUCGCCGUCGCGCCGGACUCGACUGCCGUGCUCAGCGACCACACGCCCAUCUUCGGCUGCUUCGAGGAGGGCGCCAACGGUCUCAGCGUCGAGGAGGCCUGCGCCCACCGGGACCGCAUCGCGUCCUACUUCGUGCGGCGCGUCGUGCCCAACGGCGCGUCGAUCUUCAGCCACAAGGUCGGUUUGAGGGAUUUAGUUAUUGUGGAGAAGGGGGGUUUGCGCAUGGUGAGCUACAAGGCGGGCAGCGCGAACGGCCGCGACAGCGCCAAGAACAGGACUGUGAUCAAGGUCGUCGGCGAGAACGAGAUGCUCGGGCUUGUGGAACUCGUGCAGAACGUGGAGCAGGAGGCUGACGAGGCCACGGGCAGGAUGCCGACGGACGUGCUCGCGCAGGGCAAGACGUACCUCCUCGUGCUGAGCCAGGACAAGUACAUCAAGGAGAUGAUGGCAAAGCGCGACUCCGACGUCGCCUGCGGGCUCUUCUGCGACAACCUGCUAAACCUGACCAAGGACAAGGUCCUCGCGUGGCUCAACAAGGGGUCCGUGGAGAUCGCCGUCGACGAGGACGAGAACGUCGUUUUGGACAAGAAAGGCUCCUACUUUGGGGAGCUGGCCCUGAUCCGCGAGGAGCCCCGGGCCGCGGCGGUGAAGGCGCGGGGUGCGACGAUCCUGGCCCGCAUCUCGGGGGCGAACUUCAAGAAGCUCUGCCUCGGGUCGCCGUCGGUUGCCGCGGAGUUCGAGAUCAAGGCGCUGGGCACCAAGGCGUCCGUCGGCGCCAUGCUCGUGCACCCGCGCACAGCGCCGCUCCUGAAGGCGUCGCUCGACAAGGAGCUCGCGACGGAGAACUACGAGUGCUGGGACGCGAUCGAGGCAUUCCGUUUCGCGGCCGAGACCGCGGCCGAUGACAAGCUCGCGGAGCAGGCGCUGGCCAUCUACAAAAAAUGGAUCGACACGACGACCGACGACCAGGUGAAUCUCAGCGGCAAGGUCACGCGGGCCCUGAAGACCUACUUCGACGGCGCGAAGCUGUGCCGAAUUCAACCACUGGUCAAAUCAAAGUCGAUUCGGCUGACUUUUGGACGAAUCGAUUUCUCUCGUCGAGCGCUCGAAGCAAAGCCGAAGAGCUCGCGUCGAAACUGUCGCACGCGAAGCCCGCUGACCGGCCGCCGGUCUCCGUAUUCGACAGCACGCAGAAGUGCAUUAUCCAACAAUCUCAAGGGGAACCUCCAGCGCUUCUGCGUGACGGCCGAGUACAAGGCGUUCCUCGGCGAGCUCAACGUCUACAAGAAGGGCAGGAAAGCUACUCGCCAUGGACCACCCGGUACUGGUGGUUCCGUGAAUGACCCAGAUUGUAGUAAUUUUAUAUUUUUGACGAACAUUCGUAUUAGAGGGCAGUCGUGGGGUAUUGCGCAGUUUCCCAUGCUUUCGCGUUUCUUCGGUGGCGCCAGAGAGGCAGACCAGCAGCAGUACAUCAGGAUGCUGGCAAGCGGAAUCAAGUCCGUUACCGCCGGCACCUAUAACAUUACGGUCAAAGCGUUUGCAGUGGAGAAGGCUAUUUCAGGCAUCGGGAUGACUGAGGUUAUGAUUAGCACCCUGUUUACAGGCGCCCCGAGGUUCUCGAGGCGUCGUUCUAGCUCCGCGACUUUCGUGUUGAGUUCCACUUCGCUCGAGCUCGCUUUGGACAUUCGCCGCGGCUGA